UUACAACGGGAAGAAAUAAAGAGGUCAGACCAGUCAAUAACUGGGACGAACCUGUUAUAGUUUACUUUUAUUUUCAUAUGACUUAUAUUCAGGAGUUCGACGAAGUUGCGGGUAAAUUAAGCUUAAAUGGAUAUUUCGGGAUACAGUGGAUAGAUAAUACUGUAUCAUGGGAUCCUAGAGAAUAUGGAGUUUCUUCCUUUACUUUCAAUGAAGAUCUAUUUUGGAAACCAACAUUUAUAAUGUCAAAUCCGUAUGGACCACAAAAAAUAUUAUAUAAAGAUGAUAGUGUAAAAAGGGUGCAUAGUACUGGUCGAAUUGAUUGGUUUCCUAGCGAUUCAUUCGAUAUUUCAUGCCAAGCUGACGUUACAGAUUAUCCAUUUGAUACACAAACAUGCACUUUAGCAUUUGUUUUAUCAACAUUUGACGAGAAAGAGGUAAUUUUAUGGCCAACGGCCUUUUUAACUGAGUGGUUUGUUCCACAUAAAACGUGGGACUUGGUUGAAACGAAUCUGACCAGAAUUCCUUCUCCACAGGUGGCAAAUUUUCAUAUUAGACUGAAGAGAAAGCCUAUGUUCUUUGUUUUCAAUCUUAUACUGCCAAUAGUUCUUAUGUGUAUUUUAAAUCCCUUUGUGUUCCUGCUCCCAGCAGAUUCAGGAGAACGGGUUGGAUAUUCCAUAACAGUAUUAUUGGCCAUUGCAGUAUUUCUUACGAUUUCUGCCUCUGGUCUUCCGGCUAUCUCAGACCCACAAAUACCAACAUUAUCUAUUCUUCUGUUUGCUGACGUCGCUUUUAGUGGCGUUAUUGUUUUAUUAGUCAUUAUAAGUCUACGUUUUUAUCUGCGUAAUGAAAAUAUUCCCGUUUCAUAUCUUGGGGAAAAAUUUGUGAAGUUUUGUCGUGUUCUACGAUGCGGUUGCUGCUGCAAAAAAGGGAAGAAAAGUAACAGUAAAAUAGACGAGAACGCAAACAAACAUGGAACCAAUGAUAGUGUCGAUAUCAGUGAAAUAAAACUCUACGGAUCGGAGUGCCAGUAUCGAGGAACUAAUAGUGUCGAAAUCAACUUUAUUACGUCUAAAGAUGAAAUUACAUGGAAAAAUGUCGGAGAAGAACUUGACUUUGUUUUUGGCACUUUCAGUGCUCUUUAUAUGGUAACAACACAUUUGUUGUAUAUUCUUGGAACUGUUUUAGAGUUUUCUUUGUUUUCAUAAUGUCUUUAUAACAAUAAUUAAUGUAUCUACUUCCUACCACGACAUUAAAACAAUUAUAUUUUGUCAUUUAUAACAUAUAAUAUUACAAGACAAUAUAAAGAUAAUUUGAGGAUUAUGCACCCUUUUGUGUUGUUUCAAUUCUACGAAUAUGGAAAGCUUAAAGGAAAUCGACAGACAUCUCACUUGUACACUUAAAUUAUCAAAUUUGGUAAUUAAUCAAUGAAGAAUUACUGAAUGCAAUGCUAACAAUGACUUUAAUAAGAGAAGUAUCUCAAAAUAUAUUCUGAUUAAAAAGAAAUACAAAUACGGACAUAUUUAAAUGCAAUUUCUAGGGCUCGACUAUAGUGACUCAUCACGAGGUGUUUUGGAUUGUAAAGGUAGUUAAGCA